UCACAAAGCGAAACAGAAGAAGCACUCACCCAGAGAAAUCCAAACCACACUCAGAUCGUCGCCACUCUCUGCUGAUAUCGCCCCCAGGCUAGCAGCCAUGAUGGCUUCACGAGCCGCCGCUGCUCUCCGCACGGCCGCCCUGCAGGGCCACUUCCGGAGGUCGGCCUCCACCGCGGCGGCGCACGCCGAGAGGCCCAAGGCCAAGCCCAUGGGCGACUACGUGCCGGUGUACGUGGCGCUGGGGAUGAUCGGCCUGGCGGGGGCGCUGGGGCUGCACACGGCGCGGCAGCAGCUGGCGCACGCGCCCAACGUCUGGGUCGACAAGCGCAAGCGCGAGGCGGUGCCCGAGGUGGCGGACCCGGACCUCGCCCUCGACGAGGCCGAGCGCUUCGUCGGCGGCUCCGUGUUCCGCAAGGUCGCCCACGUCCAGGACGACCGCUCCCUCACCGCCGGCGUCGCCGACCCCGUCGCCGACUACCCGGCCAGGAAGGCGGUGACGCUCAAGGACGUCGGCGUAGACCCGCCGGGGAUCCCCGAGCAGAGCAGGGAGGGCGUCCUCGACAGGAUCUUCAAGAAGGACACCGCUUAAUUUCGAGAGGAGCAGGCAACAGCACGCUUCAGCUUCAGUCCCUUUAUUGCGUUAACUAGCUACGAGUACAUUUGUGUUUCAAUAGUCUGAUCGGCUGCACUUUUUCUGGAAGCUGGUCGGUGUAUCGCGAACGUGACACGUGAUGGGGUUGUACAUAUGUAUCCACUCAUAUCAAGAACUCUAGUUUGUUCUGGACAAUAAAUUAUGCACCUGCGCCGCGAGGCGUGAUCGUUGUUUUGA